AUGGAAAAUAUUCCGUGGGUUGAAAAGUAUCGACCAAAAAGGUUAGAUGAUAUCGUUCAUCAAAAUAAUGCUGUAAUGAUGUUAAAGGAAGUUGUGAGGACAAAGAAUAUGCCUCAUUUAAUAUUUCAUGGUCCUCCUGGUACAGGUAAAACAUCAGCAAUAAAUGCUUUGGCUCACGAAUUGUUUGGAAAGGAAAAUAUAAGUGAGAGGGUAUUAGAAUUGAACGCUUCUGAUGAUAGAGGUAUAAAUGUGGUAAGAGAAAAAAUUAAAGCAUAUACAAGAAUAAGCAUUAGUAAAAAUAAAAUCCAUAGUGAAACAAAAGAAGUAUUACCUUCAUGGAAAUUGGUUGUAUUGGAUGAAGCUGAUAUGAUGACAGAGGAUGCACAAUCAGCUUUAAGAAGAAUAAUAGAAAUAUAUUCUAAUGUAACAAGAUUUAUACUUAUAUGUAAUUAUAUACAUAAAAUAUCUGAUCCAAUUUUUAGUAGAUGUUCAUGUUAUAGGUUUCAAUCCAUACCUAUUAAUAUUAAAAAAGAAAAAUUACUUUAUAUAUGUCAAAAUGAAAAUAUUGAUAUAGUAGACGAUGCAUUAGAAAAAAUUAUUGAAACAACGGAAGGUGAUUUAAGAAGAGCAGUUUCUAUAUUACAGUUAUGUUCAUGUAUUAAUGCAAAAAUUACAUUAAAUUCAGUUUUAGAUGUAUCUGGAUUACCAUCAGAUGAUAUUGUAUAUAAAAUUAUUGAUGCUUGUAAAAUGAAAGAUUUAAAGCAUGUGGAAAAAACUGUACAAGAUAUUAUUGAAGAUGGUUUUGAUGUAGCUUAUAUUUUUAAAUCUUUUAAUAAUUAUUUUGUUAUGAAUACAGAAUAUGAAGAUUCUUUAAAAUAUCAAAUAUUAUUAGAACUUUCAAGACAUGAUUAUCGUUUACAUUGUGGUGCUACACAAUACAUACAACUUUUAAGUUUUGCUUCAUCGGUACAUUCGUUAUUAAAUAGCGUAUAA